AAAAUGGACAAAUUAUAUGUAAUAGAAUAGCAUGCGGAAGGAAGAAAACAAGGGAGAACAAGGAAGUAAACAAAUACAACGCGGUCGGGACUUCGGAACGCGACAACGCCCACGCGCAUUGCUCCGCAACAACGCCACAGGCACGCUGUCGAAACUCCCUCUCUUCCUGUCACAGUUCCUCUCCGCCAUCGACUUUAUAAAUUUUCUGGCUCCGCCACUGGGUACCGAUACCCAAUUUGGAUGCAUGGGUACCAAAGAAUUUGCCUUAAAAUGAAAACAGAAAUUAUACUUUUGUUGAGAAGUGCACCGAUGAAAAAGUGGUUCAAUUUUGCACAAGAGAACACCAUGCCGAAGAACAAAUGUCCUAUAAUUUGCUACUUUCUACUACUCGUCUUCGCUGUUCCGAUUGUCGCUUUUCCCUCUCCACUUCCAUCUCCCAACAGAAACCAAACAAACAUGGGAAGUAUGAACCAAACUCAAUCUUCGGAGAAGAAAUGUGGUGUUUCAUGCCUAAGUUUAUUUGAUGCAAACUUCUUCAAGGAUAAUCAGAUUGAGGAGAUUGCUAACGGUGUAUAUGAGUUCAAUAUUCCAAUUAUUAAAGCCAAUAGAAAGCUUGUAGCUUCUAACAAUGGAGGGCUGCAAUAUCAUUCACCUUUACUUUUCAAUGCUGAUUGGGACCAUCAAUCACAAUCUCGCCAUGCAACCAAAAGGUUCAGAUAUCCUUCCAUUUCAACGAUACAGAAACCUGAAUCUGAAGAAGAUAUUGUAUUUCUAAGUGUUCUUGAAUUAGGUGAACUCAUCAAAACAAAACAAAUUAGUUCCCUGGAGCUUACACAAAUAUUCUUGCGGAGAUUGAAAAAGUACGGUCCUAUUCUUGAAUCGGUAGUGACUUAUACCGAAGAACUGGCAAACAAACAAGCCAAAGAAGCUGAUGAGUUGCUUAGCCAAGGAGUUUAUCUAGGGCCUCUUCAUGGGAUUCCUUAUGGAUUAAAGGACAUAAUAUCCGUGCCCGGAUACAAAACAACAUGGGGAUCAAAGUCAUUUAAAAAUCAAGUUAUUGACAUAGAAGCUUGGGUCUAUAAAAGAUUGAGAUCUGCGGGAGGUGUUCUUGUUGCAAAGCUUGUUUCUGGAUCUUUGGCUUAUGAUGAUAUCUGGUUUGGGGGUCGAACCAGGAAUCCAUGGAAUAUUGAGGAAUUUUCUACGGGUUCCUCAGCUGGACCUGCAGCAAGCACCUCAGCAGGUAUGGUUCCAUUUGCAAUUGGUUCGGAAACAGCUGGAUCCAUAACUUUCCCCGCAGCUCGAUGUGGUGUUACUGCAUUGCGCCCAACUUUUGGUACUGUUGGUCGAACUGGUGUAAUGAGCAUAUCAGAAAGCCUGGAUAAGCUUGGACCUUUCUGUAGAUCUGCAAUUGAUUGUGCUGUUGUUUUGGAUAUUAUCCGGGGAAGAGAUCCUGGAGAUCCCUCGUCAAAAGAUAGUUCCAUUGAUGAUCCGUUCCUGGUUGACAUUACUAAGUUGACUGUUGGAUAUCUUGAAGAUGCUGAGAUGGAGGUUGUUCGUGUUCUUGAGUCAAAGGGUGUCAAGAUGGUUCCUUUCAAACUGAAUUACACAGUUGAUUCUGCUCAAGGUAUAUUAAACUUCACAAUGGAUGUUGAUAUGCUGGCUCACUUUGAUCAGUGGCAGCGCUCGGGGCAAGAUAAUGUGUAUGAAGCCCAAGAUCAGUGGCCCACUGAACUACGUCGUGCACGCUUAAUUCCAGCAGUGGACUAUAUACAGGCACAAAGAGCACGGGGAAGGCUAAUCGAAGAAAUAAGAGAGUUGUUUACGGUUGAUGCUUUCAUUGGUAAUGCAACUGAUUGGGAGAAAGUAUGCAUAGGCAACCUUGUUGGUUUACCAGUCAUAAUAGUGCCAACAGGAUUUAAAAAUAUCUCUGAUCUGCCAUCUGGCGGAAGCAGAAGAAGAACGACCAUCACCACCGGCAUUUAUGCUCCCCCUAACCGUGAUCACAUUGCUCUGGCGUUGGCAAUGGCUUAUCAAAAAGUCACUGAUCACCACAAACAGCGCCCACCGAUUAAUAAUCUUGGUCCCAAUGAUAAGAUACCUGAUGCAUAUAAAGUUGCUUACUUGUAAAAAUCUGCUACCAGUGACUGCUAAAAGCAUUAGUAAUACGUUGUGUAUGCAUGUGCAUGGAUAAUCCUUUUAGAAACAAUUUUUCUUAUUGUGCA